AUGAACGGUGCUCAAUUCACAGACAGAGCCAACAAGGCCCUGCUGGAUUCCAGCAGUUUGGCUGAACAAUACUCCCAUUCUCAGAUACUCCCCGUUCACCUUGCAGUUGCCCUCUUAAAUCCUUCCAUAGAUGAAUCAAAAGACCAACAAGUUCCAGCGCACCCCUCACACGAUUCCGCCUCUGCCCCUCUCUUCCGCCAAGUCAUUGAACGCGCCCAUGGCGACCCCCAGCUCCUCGAACGAUCUCUCAUGAAGAUCCUGGUCCGUUGCCCAAGCCAAGACCCUCCUCCCGAGUCCGUUAGUGUCUCUCCGGCACUAGCCAAGGUUAUCCGGUCAGCUACCGAGUUGUCCAAAACCCAGAAGGACAGCUUCGUCGCUAUCGACCAUUUGAUUGUGUCUGUCUCCCAGGACUCUCAGGUCCAGCGAGCAUUAGCAGAUGCCAACAUUCCCAACGUCAAGCUACUAGACUCUGCCGUUCAGCAAAUUCGCGGUACGAGGAGAGUAGAUUCCAAGACAGCCGAUUCAGAAAGCGAGAAUGAGAACCUCAAGAAGUUCACCAUUGAUAUGACGGCUCUGGCAAGAGAGGGCAAGAUCGAUCCUGUCAUUGGCCGUGAGGAAGAAAUUCGUCGAGUGAUUCGUAUCCUCAGUCGCCGAACGAAAAACAACCCAGUGCUCAUCGGUGAGCCUGGUGUCGGAAAAACCACCAUUGUGGAGGGAUUAGCUCGCCGAAUCGUGAAUGCUGAUAUCCCAGCCAACUUGGCUCAAUGCAAGUUGCUUUCACUCGACGUCGGUUCACUGGUUGCAGGAAGCAAGUACAGGGGCGAGUUCGAAGAAAGAAUGAAGGGAGUCCUCAAAGAGAUAGAAGAGUCUAAGGAAAUGAUCGUUCUAUUUGUCGACGAAAUCCACCUUCUCAUGGGAGCAGGCUCCAGUGGUGAGGGUGGCAUGGAUGCCGCCAAUCUUCUGAAGCCGAUGUUGGCUCGCGGCCAACUGCACUGUAUCGGUGCCACGACACUAGGCGAAUAUCGGAAAUAUAUUGAGAAGGACCAGGCGUUUGAACGACGUUUCCAACAGGUAUUGGUGAAGGAACCUUCCGUUAACGAGACUAUCUCUAUCCUUCGUGGUUUAAAGGAGAAGUACGAAGUGCAUCAUGGUGUCAACAUCCUCGACGGUGCCAUUGUUUCCGCAGCCACGCUGGCUUCGCGGUACCUGACCGCUCGUCGACUUCCUGACUCCGCAGUUGAUCUUAUCGAUGAAGCUGCCGCCGCUGUUAGAGUGACACGUGAGUCCGAGCCCGAGGCCCUGGAUAACUUGGAGAGAAAGCUCCGACAGCUGCAAAUUGAAAUCCAUGCCCUUGAGCGCGAGAAAGACGACGCAUCUAGAGCUCGCUUGGAGGCAGCGAAGCAGGAGGCAGCCAAUGUUACCGAGGAACUGCGCCCGCUGCGUGAGAAAUACGAAAGCGAGAAGCAGCGCAGCAAAGCCAUCCAGGAUGCCAAGAUCAAGCUCGACUCUCUCAAAGUCAAGAGAGACGAGGCAGAGCGGUCCGGAGAUACUGUGACCGCUGCUGACUUGGAGUACUAUGCUAUUCCGGAGACCAAAGCUCUGAUCGAAAGGCUCGAGGAAGAUCGCGCAAAAGCGGAUGCAGAACGGCGUUCUCGCUCCGGGGACGCUGGAGAGACAUUGCUCGCUGAUGCUGUCGGCCCCGAUCAGAUCAACGAGAUUGUUGCCCGGUGGACUGGUAUCCCUGUCACCAGACUCAAGACCACCGAGAAGGACAAGUUAUUGAACAUGGAGAAGCACCUCGCCAAGCUAGUCGUCGGCCAGAAGGAAGCUGUGACCUCCGUUUCGAAUGCAAUCCGACUCCAACGAUCUGGCCUCAGCAACCCCAACUCGCCGCCAAGUUUCCUCUUCUGCGGUCCAUCUGGAACUGGUAAGACCUUGCUUACGAAGGCUCUUGCAGAGUUCCUCUUCGAUGACCCCAAGGCUAUGAUUCGAUUCGAUAUGUCUGAAUACCAGGAACGCCACUCUUUGAGCCGUAUGAUCGGUGCGCCUCCUGGAUAUGUCGGACAUGAUGCUGGUGGCCAGCUGACCGAAAGCCUCCGGCGACGCCCGUUCUCCAUUCUUCUCUUCGAUGAGGUUGAAAAGGCAGCAAAAGAGGUUCUCACCGUUCUCCUCCAGCUGAUGGAUGAUGGACGUGUCACAGAUGGUCAAGGCAGAAUUGUCGAUGCGAAGAACUGCAUCGUCGUCAUGACAUCCAACCUGGGUGCCGAAUUCCUUCAUGGGCGCCUCCGUGACUACUUCCUUCCCGAAUUCCUCAACCGUAUCUCUAGCACCGUCAUCUUCAAUCGCCUCACGAAGAGGGAAAUCCGCAAGAUCGUUGAUCUCCGUCUGGACGAAGUUCAGAAGCGCUUGGAGCAAAACAGCAAGAACGUCACCAUCGAAUGCACAGAUGAAGUCAAAGACUACCUCGGUGACGCAGGCUAUUCGCCCGCAUAUGGCGCUCGGCCUUUGGCUCGGAUCAUCGAGCGUGAAGUCCUCAACCGUCUCGCUAUUCUUAUCCUCCGUGGAAGCAUCCUCGAUGGUGAAGUGGCUCGCGUUAUCAUGCGCGAUGGCCGUAUCGACGUCUUGCCGAAUCAUGAGAUCCCGGUUGACGAAGAUCAAGAUAUGCUCGAUAGUGAAGAUGAAGCCAUAGCCGAAAUGGAAGACGGCAGUGGUGACAUGGAUCUCUACGAGUAA